ACGAAAACCAAGUCUUUUUUUACUUCAAGGCAUGGAAAUUUUCUAAGGGCACGCACGAGACGACUUAAAUACGCGUUCGCAUUAAUUGGUCCCAAACAUUGUAUAACACAAUUAUGUCGUCUUUCUUUUCAGUUCCCGGCGCUCAGAAAAAAAGAAAGCGAGCACCUGCUAUAGACGGACCUAAAAAGCGAGUCGCGACCACGAAGACUUCGAAGACGCCCUCAAAACCCGCCCCUACACCCAGAAAACGAGUCGAACGAGAUGAAUCUAUAUCAGGCAGUGAAUCUGAGAGCGAAGAUGGCGUAGAACAACCAGAUGCCCCCGGUUCUGAUUCCGAAUCGGAGAACGAAGGAGAGACGGCUGCAGAAAAGAGGUUAAGACUUGCGGAAAGGUAUCUCGAGAAUGUCAGGCAAGAAGUCGACGAGACAGGCUUCAAUGCCGAAGAUAUCGACCGCGAUAUAAUAGCAACGCGUUUACAAGAAGAUGUAGCCGAAACAAAAGGAAAGGUUUACAGGAAAAUUGCAUCGGAGCUUGCUGUCGACCGCGCUUCCCAUACUCUCUUCCGCUGCAACACGCUCGCAACCACUUCCAUUGCCAUAUGCGCACCUUACGUGUAUACGGUCUCGAAGGACCAAUGCUUGGUUAAGUGGAAGUUACAAGACUUGCCCGCCUAUCAAUUCCCCCAAACCACCAAAAAGAAGCCGAAGAAGCCCCCCGCUCCUCCGCGUCGACAACCAAUUAAGGUCGCGCUGCGGAAGGGGAACCGGUCGAAGGCGAAUGAUAAGAACUAUCAAGGUCACGUAGCCGAAAUCCUAUGCGUGGCAGCUUCCCAGGACGGAAAGUUCGUCGUUACGGGCGGUGCGGAUAAGCGGUUGAUCGUCUACGAAGCCAAAUCUUUGAAGCCCCUGCGCGUUUUCACACACCACCGCGAUGCCGUAACGGGUCUCGCGUUCCGCAGAGGUACGAAUCAGCUCUAUUCGGCCUCCAAGGACCGUACCGUGAAAGUAUGGAGCUUGGACGAGCUGGCCUACAUAGAAACCCUCUUCGGUCACCAAGACGAGGUCGUCGACAUCGACGCCCUCGCGCAAGAACGCUGCGUGAGCGUAGGCGCACGCGACCGAACAGCUCGCUUAUGGAAGGUCGUUGAAGAGACCCAGCUAGUCUUCCGCGGCGGUUCGAUCGACAAGAAGCAGAAGCCCGAGAUCGACCCGCGGUCGCUGGCCCACGAGGGCAGCAUGGACCGCGUCGCGAUGAUCGACGACGAGCUGUUCGUCACAGGCAGCGACAACGGCUCCCUGGCCCUGUGGAGCAUACAGAAGAAGAAGCCUCUCUUCAUCUUAACGCAAGCUCACGGGCUGGAAAACCCCCUAAAGCCUACGGAAGCGUCCGCCGAAGCCGCCCCGACCCCAAAGGUCGUGCCUCCGCCCCAGCCCAGGUGGAUCACCGCGCUCCGGACGCUGCCGUACUCGGACCUGAUACUAAGCGGCAGCUGGGACGGGUACGUACGGGUCUGGCGGCUAAGCGACGACAAGAGGAAGAUCGAGCCCGCGGGGAUCCUAGGGAACCCGUCUACCGCUGACGUCCCCCAGGACGCGGAAGAAACAAGCAAAGCCGUGAAUAACGGGCCUAACGCCGCCUCGUGGCUGGUCAAGGGCGUGGUGAACGACAUCGCGCUGUUCGAGCGGGGCGAGCGCGGCAAGGACGGCCUGUGCGUCGUGGUCGGCGUGGGGAAGGACCACCGCCUCGGUAUGUGGAAGAAGAUCCGGGGAGGCAAGAACGGCGCCGUCGUAUUCGAGGUGCCUAGGACGAGACCAGGGCUAGAAAACGGUGUUGCGGACGGGGAUGCGGACGCGGACGGGGAUGGGGAUGAAGACAAAAGGUAAACGUGCGGGUUCGGAAUAGGUAAAAUAGCGAGGUAAUGCAAUGAGCGAGGUUCGAAUAAGACCCUACUCUGGAAUAAAUACCCUAUUUUUGAACUAUGCACUCUCUCUUGACUCGUAGCGUCGGAUCGGGAAAGCCUCUUUGUGAGUGAGCUAAUAUUGUGAGAUGCAAAAGCUUGGAG